CGACCCGGACGCGACUAGUACACUGCCUGCCAAACAGCUGAGCAGAGUAGAGUAGAGCAGAGGGCGAAGUGCAGCGCAGUGUGCCCCGUCUCGGAACAGCGCGGACCACCAGAGCGUGCGCGUCCGUGCCCCACCCCUCCCUCUCUAUCCAUGGCGGUCCCCCGCGGGUGCCUCGGGCUCCCCCUGGUCGCCGUGCUCCUCGCGUCCCUCUGCCGCGGCCAGGCGGCGGUGAGGGAGCUCAAGGUCGGGUACUACGCCGAGACGUGCCCGGAGGCCGAGGACAUCGUCCGUGAGACCAUGGCGCGCGCGCGCGCACGCGAGGCCCGCAGCGUCGCCUCCGUCAUGCGCCUCCAGUUCCACGACUGCUUCGUCAACGGGUGCGACGGCUCGGUGCUGAUGGACGCCACGCCGACGAUGCCCGGCGAGAAGGAUGCGCUCUCCAACAUCAACUCCCUGCGCUCGUUCGAGGUCGUCGACGAGAUCAAGGACGCGCUGGAGGAGCGCUGCCCCGGAGUGGUCUCCUGCGCCGACAUCGUCAUCAUGGCCGCCCGCGACGCCGUCGUCCUGACCGGUGGGCCUAACUGGGAGGUGCGGCUCGGGCGCGAGGACAGCAUGACGGCGAGCCAGGAGGACGCGGACAACAUCAUGCCGAGCCCGCGCGCAAACGCGAGCGCUCUCAUCCGGCUCUUCGCGGGGCUCAACCUCAGCGUCACCGACCUGGUCGCGCUCUCGGGCUCGCACUCCAUCGGCGAGGCCCGCUGCUUCUCCAUCGUCUUCCGCCUCUACAACCAGUCUGGAUCCGGCCGCCCCGACCCGCACAUGGACACCGCCUACCGCCGCUCGCUCGACGCACUCUGCCCCAAGGGCGGCGACGAGGAGGUCACGGGAGGCCUAGACGCCACCCCACGCGUCUUCGACAACCAGUACUUCGAGGACCUCGUCGCGCUCCGCGGCUUCCUCAACUCCGACCAGACGCUCUUCUCUGACAACACCAGGACCCGUCGCGUCGUCGAGCGGCUCAGCAAGGACCAGGACGCCUUCUUCAGGGCCUUCAUCGAGGGGAUGAUAAAGAUGGGGGAGCUCCAAAACCCCAGGAAAGGGGAGAUACGGCGCAACUGUCGCGUUGCUAACAACUCGCCGUGGCAACCAAGGACGGGGAUGGCGUCCGGACAGUCGACAUCUGAGCUCCGGUGAUGAGGUUGGUGUUUCAGAAGAAAUCGAGCCCUGAUAUGGUACUAAUAUGUUGACAUGCAUUGUUGUUUUUUUGGUCGUGUGUAAGUUUUGCACCUACCUAUGGCUGUGGUGCCCGAGCUGCGCUCAUUGCUGACGUGGGGAAUAAUUGAGACAUUGUGCCUUAGCUCCAAUAACGUUCAAUAUAUUUAUCCUUUAUAUC